CACAGCAAAACACAAAACAACAUCAGACCGGUGCCGACCGCCGUACAAAACCGUACACGUUUUACCGAGCACGUCGCCAGGGUAGCUGCUUAAAAUAAGCUCGUCUGCGACUGUGUAACAUAAUACGUAACAAUAUUGCACAUUAAAUAAUAUUUACAACGGCAGCGGCAGUAGUAUCGUUAUAACUCGUAAUAAAUAUUUUCAUAAUUUGUUCGUCGAAAUACCGACGCAACGUGAUAGAUACACCGUUAAUUUUGAACGAACUACAGUACGACCGAACGGAAAUGAUCGAAUUAAACGUUUACACUGCGGUGUUAAUGCCGUUGGCCGGUUUGAUAUUGUAUGCGGUAUGGUCGCGGCUCCGCAUGCCACUGGAAUACAGACAGAUCUCGUCUCACGUGCCAUCCGUUACGAAAAACUUUUGGAGUGAGAUGGUACUUUCGUGGAAACUCGCGAUGCUGAAACCCAUAGAUAUAUUACCAUUUUUAACGGAUUUAAUAAGAACAAUUGGUCCAGUAGUUCAUUUUAACCUUUCGGGCCGAUCGUACGUUUUGCUAAACGAUCCAGAUGAUUUAAAAAUUCUACUGUCCACUACUCAAUAUAUCAAAAAAGGUCCAGAGUAUGACAUGUUGAAACCUUGGCUAAACGAAGGCCUUUUAUUGAGCUCAGGUCAAAAAUGGCAUAGCCGGCGGAAGCUCCUUACCAACACAUUUCACUUCAAGACAUUAGACAUGUACAAUCCUUCCUUAAACAAACAUUCGCGUACGUUGGUUGAUAAAUUAUUGAAUGCGUCUGCGAAUGGCAAUAAAGAGAUCUCCAUCUUUGAAUACAUCACCUUAUGUUCUCUGGACAUGAUUUGUGAAACGAUAAUGGGAACUGAGAUGAAUGCUCAAGAAGGUAAAUCAACUCAAUAUGUUCAUUCGAUUAAGAGUGCUUGCAAAUCAGUGAUUGAACGUGUUUUCAAAUUCUGGCUGUGGAACGAUCUGGUUUAUAAAAUGAGCGAAAGUGGUCAAAGUUUUUUUAAAUCAAUCAAAGUUCUACAUGAGUUUACUGAUAACGUAAUUAAAAGUAAACGAGCAUCGUUGAAUAAUUCAGGAAUUGAAAAAGUGCAGACAGACAGUAAAUUUGAAAAAACGCAAAAGAAAUCGUUCUUAGACUUAAUUCUUAACGUCUUGAACGACGCGCCCGACCAGAUGACCGAUAGAGACAUUCGUGAGGAAGUAGAUACAUUUCUUUUUGAAGGCCAUGACACAACUUCCAUUGCGAUGACAAUGAUUUUGGUUUUGCUGGGCAUGCAUCCAGAUAUACAAGAACAAGCUAGAGAUGAGAUACGUAGAAUUUUUGAAUACUCUGAUAGAGAUGCUACAAUGGAAGAUUUAAAUAACAUGAAAUAUUUAGAAGCGGUAAUCAAAGAAUCGCUUAGAAUGUAUCCAAGUGUGCCAGCUUUUACGAGAGAACUAGAAAAACCAUUGCACCUCAAGAACUAUAUUAUUCCUGCAUUGACUACAAUAACAGUAUAUCCCUUUAUUUUACAUCGUAAUGAAGACAUAUAUCCAAAUCCUGAAGAGUUUAUUCCUGAUAGGUUUUUAAAAGAAGAAAAUAAAGCAAAUUUUCUAUUUGGAUAUUUACCGUUCAGCGCCGGCGCCAGAAACUGUAUUGGACAAAAGUAUGCAAUGAAUCAAAUGAAAAUAGUUGUAUCGACUAUUUUACGUAAUGCGAAGAUCGAAUCCUUAGGACGCAAAGAAGACAUUCGAAUUAGUACUCAAUUAAUCAUUAGAAUAGAAUCAAUCCCAAAGAUGAAAUUUUAUAAACUUUAAUUAUCUAUAGCAUAGCGUAUAGACUAAAAUAAUUAUAGAUACUCAUUUUUACAUUUUAUUUUAUUUAAAUAUAUAAAUUAUAAGUUUUCAAAUACCUAUAGUAAUAUAUUAAACAUAAGCUAUAACCGCUAUAGGUAAUAAUAUAGUAUGUUUUUUUUUUUUAUAAAAUAAACUUAAAUAUUAACCAAAAAGUAAAAAGUAUGUUUAAAUAUUUAAUAGUACAAUAGUGUGAUUUCAAAGUUCCGGGAAGUGGAACUUACAUCAAUUUCCAUCCAACAUUGAUGUUAAUUAAUUGCAAGUUGCACUGCAGUAUAAUAAUUAUUUAACACUGUGACAUGUUUAGAAAAAAAAACUAUUAAGUUAAUUUAAAAAUUAUACCAUGAAAUAAUAUUGUCAUUAAAUAAGAAAAUCAAUUUUUUCAAAAAUUAUUUUUUUGUAAGAAAUUUUACCUGGAAAUUAUUAACACGUUUUGACACUAAACUGUGACUGUUAAGAGUAGAAAUAUAGUACUUAGUACUUUA